CAUAAGGAGAUUCUACGUUUUUUCACUACAGGGCGUGGAACAGUAAGCAUAGAAGAAUCUUCAACAAACCGUUUGACUCCAGGACAAGUUAUGGUUCAUCCUCACAAAUAGUGCAAUUCUAUGACAAAGACAUUGGGACCGGAAGUGUCUUGUGCGUUCAUCGUGACCUAAAGACCAACCAUAUCCACUUUGUUAUCAAUGGCAAGAAAGGAGUAGUUUCUUUUAGCAGCGGCGCACCGGACUUCUGCUACGGAUAUGUUCGCUUGAGUUCAAUAGGCAGUAGCAGUGAAAUCCAAGUUACCCUGCUGCCGGAGACAGACGAAGGUUAUUUUAAUCCAAGUCCUCCGGUAGAGGAACCCGUUCUCAUGGUUGAACCAGUAAAUAGGAAUCCAUGCUGUGCGAUUAGACUGGGACAAGCGAUAGGUAACGUGCUUUCGAAAGUCUUGCCUGACUUCAAUGCGAAGAAAGAUCACCAAGAGCCAGAGAUAACUCAACUUAGCCACUACAGGAUCAAUGUGGGUCAUCUGCGUGGAAUCUGUCUCCUAAUAAAUAACGUACCAAUGGCGGUUAAAGUAGAGAAGCAGCUUAAGGUCCUGUUCAAGAGCCUUUUCUUUGACGUACAAGUCCGACGAAGACUUCAGACGCUCCAAUUGUACAAAGUCGCCCAAGAAUUUGCAAAGAAAGAUCACAGCGAUUUCGACUCAUUUGUCUUCAUUAUCAUGUCACUUGGGCAAGAUAAUGAUAUUUCUGGUGUUGAUGGAAGAAAGGCAAGCCUUGAACAUGUGAUGACCGAGUACACAUCAACAAACUGUCCAACUCUCCAGGGAAAACCGAAGCUGUUUUUUGUUCAGCGAUUUACAAUUUAAAGGCCCCUAAAGUCAGAGAUGGCUCAACCCAAGCGCAGUGUUUCACAGAUGAAAGGAUAGAGAUGCAGCCAGUUUCACCCAAUGCCAAUAUCGGCGGAAAUAAUUGUCCUGAAGAGGCCGACUUUCUUCUAACCUGUGUUACUUCUGCAGUUGACAAAGCAAAGCCAAUACAGGAGACUGCGACUUUGUGGUUUAUUCAGGUCAGAUUUCUCGUGAAUAGGUUGUCUGCAGUCAACGGCCAUAUAGCACAACAUGCUGGGUGACUGUAAGGGGAUGGGGGGACAGAGGGACGGCAUGUUUUCUUGUACAAUUUACAAAUGCGUCAGUACUUCCUAGUUGAAAAUGAAUAAAUAUUUCAUCUUUAAUUUCGCAAUUGUCUGGAUCUGUGCAGUGCGCAUAUUGGCCUCAGAACUUGCUCAAGCUAUAUACGGAACGCCAGCUCUCAAUUCCAAAUGAAAAUACCAAAAAAUAGCCGCCGUCGUUCGCGUUCUGUAAAAUACGCAGAACGUAGUUAUUUUUCGUUGUUGUGCAGAGGUUGGCAAAGAAAUGUACAACGAUUUGCAACGCACGUGCACAGCCAUUGCUCUGCUCAUUAAACCUUUUGUUUUGUGGCGUUCUCGUUGCCGUCGUGGUUGCUUAAGUUCCCUAUGAAGCAAAAACUAACCUGAUUAAUCUACUGACAAUAUACCCGACAAUAAACAUCAAAAUCUGCUUCUUGAAUGAGCAAUGCUACACCAUAGGUUUUAAUCUUUAAUUUUCAUAGCGGAGCUCCUGCGCGCCUUCGGCGCGCGGGCGGAGCGCCAUACCUUAGAAAAUUUGGCAACCCAUCGAUCUAAAAAUUUCGGUUGUCACGUGACUGUUCGUACGGACGUUUACACGGUUCAGGCAACCUUUACUGCACACUAAGUCAUCUACGAGCUAUUUCAUGUAAAAGGGAACUUUAUAGCGUGGAAGGCAGGUAACUGUUUUUAAUCACUCAAAGUCAUCCGUUUUGUGAGUUACUGCGCGAGUUAACUCACGCGAGAUGACGAAGCCACUGUUUGAAAAGUUUUUGAGUUUGAAUAACGAUAAAUUUGUCUAAAUUCUUCGGCUUUUUCUUUGCUCGAUACUUUGGAAAACUUUCAUACACCGAAUGAAUUUCUUUAAUUUCUUAAAGCAAUUUACGGCUUAAAAGUUGAAAUAUUCAAGUAACUCGCCAGCAAAUAGACUUCAUGGUGUGCCGGUAUCAUUGGCAAUAUUCUUCGCGCGUUUACUAGGAUUUUAAAUUUUAAUCUAAAGUGUCGCGUUGUUUUUCGUUUGGUAUUCUCAAAGCAUGGUGGAUGGUUAAUUCGGGAUACAAAACUAAAUGCGAUUUUGAGACUGCAAUACCGCAAUAUAUUGGCGGCUAGUUGGGCGAAAAUAUAUUCUGGUAUUGGAAGGAGUUGCGAAGCGACUGAGCCCAAUACAAGAAUAUAUUUUUAUUCAACUAGCCGCCAAUACAUUGCGGUAUUGCCGUCUCAAAUCGCAGUUUAGUUUAUAUAAUCAGGAGCUCUGCUUUUAGGCUUGACUAAAUCUAUAUAUUAGUCAGCAGCAAGUUGAUGAUAAACGUGUUAGAGAGUGUUCGUUUAGGAUCCGCAGUUUUCGCUUGGUUUGGUUCAAGUUCACAAGUUCUCAACCGUUUUGGGUCAAAAAAGGGUUGAACAGUCCUGAUCAGCACUCCAUAGCGAAAUCAAUCGAUGACAUCUUCCCAAAAGGAACACGAAAAAGAAAAAAAAAAAUUAUAAUAAAUAAAUUAAGUGCAAAAGGUUGAUCCCAAUCAGACACAACCUGACAGCUAUCGUUCGUUUCCUAUCUACCAAAAUUG